AUGACCAACAUCAUUAACCCCGACUUGUUCGAGCAGUUGCGGUCAAUGCGCGGCGACAACUCUUCUCAAGCUGAUAUCCGACGCAGAGGCUGGUGGGAAGGCGGAGAGGAAAACCCCGUUUAUAUAGAGCUCAACGCGAGACUCAUGAGGCUUUCGAGCGCUCAAAAUGUUCAGGACCGUUUGGCAGGCACAGCAAUUCUCUCGGCGCUGGUCGACAUUGACACUCUGGAGACAAAGCAAAAGUUCCGCAUUGUAAAGCAAAUUGGAGCGCUGCUAAAGAGCUCCGACAUGGAGGUGUGCGCCGAGGCAGCAGCACUGUACGGCAAGGUCAUAGCAAAGCAUUGGCCCGAGGCCACAAACUCAGCCGAAAAGGAUGUCGGCAUGUGCCUCGAGUGGCUGAGCAACGAGCGCAACGACGUGCGGCGGAUGACCGCACUGCUGCUUCUAAAGGCGCUGUGCACAGACACAUCCACGUCGUUGUACUCGUACAUAUCAAAGAUCCUGACCUCACUCAGCUUGCCGCUGCGCGACCGCCGGCUUGACAUGCGCCUCGCAGCAGCGAAAGCGCUCGGCGCGUGCCUGAGGCUAGUGCAGAAGCAGGACCAGGCGCCGCGGCUCUCGCUUUUAAACUACGUGUUCGAAGACCUGCAGCGCGACCAGCAGAUGGGCACUACCGAGGGAUACCACGCAAUGCUCCUGCGGUACCCUGAGCUCGUAAAGUCUGGCGGCAUGUUCAUGCAGGCGCACUUUGGCCACGCCAGCGAGCUGGCGCUCAAGCUCAAGGACCACCCCGACGCAGUUGUGCGCAAGGCCGCCAUCGAGCUGCUGCCCGUGCUGGCGCAGUACAGCCCGCACGACUUCACAAAGUACGCGGUCGGCGGCGAGUCGCUGCUGACGCGCACGUGCAACUUCCUUAUCACCCAGGCGCGCACCAGCGAACGCGACCGCGCGACUGCGUUCCUAGCGCUGGCCGACAUUGCCAAGUGCUGCAGCACCGAGUUUAGGCCGUACCUCGAGCCGACAAUGCGCGCAAUCCGCGACACGCUGGCCCACCGCGCCAAGUUGCGCAGCGUGCCUGCGCAGACCGAUGAGACAGCAGCGGCUGUUCUCAAAACCAUAUCCACCCUGGCGACCGCAAUGGGGCCGGCGCUGACGCGGUACAUGCGCGACAUAUUGGACCUGAUGUUCACGACCGGGCUGAGCCAAGAGCUGUGCGGCUCGCUGAAGAUCCUGGUGUGCGAGGUUGGCCAGCUGCAGCAGGCCAUCCACGACCGGCUGCUGGACAUGGUGUCGAUCAUUCUGGCCGGUGUGCCGUUCCGCCCAAUGCAGCCCUGCCUGGACAGCCUCGAGAGCCGCAUGGGGUCGGUGUCGCUGCACUAUGCGUCGUCAACAGUGGCAUCGGGGCUGUCGUCGGCAUCGUUGGGCGACAGGUCCGGCAGCUUGUCCGGCAGCAGCGUCUUCAGCAGCGAGCAGACGUCUCUGGUCGUUGCAGCAGCCAGCAACAUCCCGGUCACCACCGAGGUCAUUGUGCUUGCCCUGCGCACGCUGAGCGAGUUUGACUUUAGCAACGAAAACCUGUCCGAGUUUGUGCGCAACAAGGUGCUCGACUACCUGAACGACGCCAGCUCCGAUGUGCGCAAGCAGGCAAUCUAUGCGGCCUCGCACAUCAUCAGGUCAGAUCCGCUGUACAAGGCAAUGGCCGGCGCUGGCGUCGAGGUGGCCGGCGACGUGAUGCAGCGGCUGAUCAUGUCUGCAGUCACCGACCCGAGCGCCGAGGUGCGCCUAAUGGCCGUCGAGGAGCUCAAGGAGGGGAGCUGCUUUGACUUCCACCUGGGCAAGGCGCAGAACAUCCAGAGCCUGUUUCUGCUGCUCAACGACGAGGUGUUCAACGUGCGGCUCGCUGUGCUCGCAGUGCUCGGCAGGCUGGCCAACAUGAACCCGGCGCACGUCAUGCCCCCGCUCCGGCGCAUGGUCGUCCAGCUGCUGACCGAGCUCGAGUUUUCGCGCAGCAGCCGCGAGCGCGAGGACUGCAUUCGGCUGCUGAUUGAGCUGGUUGGCACGGCCGAGAACUGGGUGCGGCCGUACGUCGGCGACAUCUUCCGCACAAUUCUGCCGCGCAUCAACGACGGCGCGUCGCAGCUCGCGAGCAAGCUGCUGGACAUGGUGGCGGCACUGGCACGCGUUGGCGGCAAUGACCUGGUACCGCAUCUUGACACGCUGCUGGUCAGCAUCAUGCAGGACCUGGCCGACCAAACAAGCGUGCAGAAGCGCAUGUCGGCGCUCAAGGCGAUAAGCAGCUGCGCUAGCUUCUGCGGCAUGGUCAUCUACCCGUACACUGAGUACCCGCAGCUGUUCGGCAUGCUGUCUGACAUGCUCAAGGCUGAGCCCGAUGCCGAGGUCAGGCGCGAGGUUAACCGGGUGCUCGGCGCGCUGGGCGCAAUUGAUCCGCACGUGUUUAAGAACGCAAAGAACAAGGCGGCAGGCAGAGCCGGCAACAGCAGCAGCGGCGGCGGGGCCUGCGGGAAUAUUGGCAGCAAUGGCUCUGCUGGUGGCGUGGCCGACGCCGACAGCAAGAAGCAGGGCCGCCACGGCAACAGAAAGCACAAGGCAAAGCAGGGCGGCCCGGCGCCCAACGUGAUGACCGUGUUCAACAGCGAGAAGCCGCGCGAGAUCCUGGUCGGCGACAUCCACGUUGAGUCAUACGGCACCACCGCCAACUCGUAUAUCGAGCGCCUCAGCCGCCUUGUUGGCAUUGCGCGCCAGCUGAUCCGGCCAUACUUGGAGCCGUUGUUUGCGCUGUUUGACGCCGAUGCAAUCAUCAGUGAGCAGCAGCAGAAGGUGCUUAUCGGUUUGAUCGAGGUGCUUGCAGAGUCGCUGUCCGGCGACUUUGGCCCGCACAUCGCCAAGGUGCUGCCGUUCCUGAUUGCUGUCAUUGAUCGCGACAUGUCGCAGUCGCACCAGCCGACACUCAACGCGCUGCAUGCGCUGCGCAUUUUGAGCCCGAGCCUGGAGGGCUACCUGUAUCUGAUCAUGCCGCAGCUGAUUGCGCUGCUGGAGCUGGCAAUGACCCCGCUCGGCGUGCUUUGCGUCGCGGAUCGUGCUAAAGCUGGUUCAGCUGCUGCGCAGCGCGCCAACGCCGACGCUGCAGACGGCGGUCAUCGACACAAUGUGCGUGCUCAUGGAGCAGCUGCAGGGCGACUUUGCCUGUUCAUGCCAACAAUCGCCGCAGCCAUGAAGGCGCGCGGCGUGGCCGACCACGCCAAGUACAAGCGGUAUUCGCGGCUACUAUUCCUUGGACAGCUCAUUCCCAGAGACCCGCAGCGCGUGCAGUCGCUCAUGCAGGGCGACCUGUCGCAGCUGCGGCGCGCCUGGAGCACGACGCAGCGCUUGUCGAAGGGCGACUGGAUCACCUGGCUCAACAACUUUGCUGUCGAGCUGCUCAGGCAGUCGCCGUCGCCGGCGCUGCGCGCGUGCACCAAGGUUGCACUAAGCCAGCCGCGGCUCAGCAGCGAGCUGUUUAACGCUGCGUUUGUCUCGUGCUGGACCGAGCUGCCUGGCCAGUACCAGCAGGAGGUCAUCUCGUCGCUGCAGGAGGUCGCCUCGCACUCUGAUGUGCCUUCGGAGAUUUUGCAGACAAUCCUCAGCCUGGCCGGGUAUAUGGAGCGCGACGAGAAGCAGAUUCCAAUUGACCUCAAGCUUUUGGGUGAGUAUGCCGACCGGUGCCACGCGCUUGCCAAGGAGUUGCACUACAAGGAGGCUGAGUGGACGCUGGAGAAUGGCUAUGGCACGAUCGAGAAGCUGAUUGAGCUGAACCAGGAUCUAGACCUCCAUGACUCGGCAGUCGGCAUGCUCAACUACGUGCGCAAAGAGCAGCCGGACAUUGAGGACUGUGUCGAGUGGCAUCUCCGGCUGCAGCGCUGGGACGAGGCCCUGGCCAUUUAUAGGCAGGAAGAGAGCGAGCUCGGGCCCAGCUAUGUGAACACGAACGGGCAGAUUCGCUGCCUGUUUGAGAUGUCGGACUGGGAGUCCUUGGCGCCAAUCUACGACACCAUUUGGUCGGGGACUGACCAGCAGAUGCAGAUGGCGUCGGCCAACAUCGGCAUGAGCAUGGCGUGGGCGAUGGGCGACAUCGAGCGCAUGGAGCAGUAUCUGGCUGUGCUGCCAAACAAGAGCCGCGACAAGUCUUUUGUCGCGCGCUGCUGGCCGUGUACCGCAACCAGUUUGAAGAGGCCGAGACGUUUAUCUGCGAGGCGCGCAAUGAGAUGGAGCCGAUCUGAUCUCGCACGCGGCCGAGUCGUACAGCCGCGGGUGUUCCGCUGCCAGAUGCUGACCGAGCUCGAGGAGGUCAUUGCGUACAAGACGGUGCAUGACGACAACGAGCGGCGCAUGGCAAUUGUCAACACGUGGCGGCGGCGGCUGGAAGGCAUUCAGCAGGACGUUGGACUGUGGCAGAAGCUGCUGCGGCUGCGCAGCAUGGUCCUGCGCCCGAUUUUGGAUUUGGAUACGUGGAUCAAGUAUGCCAACAUGUGCCGCAAGUCCGGCCAGAUGAAGAUUGCGCGCCACGCAAUUAGCCAGCUGCUCACUGACGAGGCCCAGUACAUGGAAGAGGUCAACCGCGGCGAGGUCGACGUGAUGUCGGGCAAACUUGUAAUGCAGGCGCAGGAGUUUUCGCGACUUAAGGCGCAGUCGGCUCAGCAGCCACAGCCUCAAUCCCGGCGGGGGUCAAUUGUGGCAGGCGCCUGGGACAGUCGCGGACGCCGGUUUUCGGUGACCAGCGGCGGCGGUGGCCAGCCGGAUACUAUGUAUCUGGAUUCGGCAAUUCGCUUGUCGCAGCAGCCGGCGCUUGUGUACAUGUAUCUCAAGUACAAGUGGGCGGCCAAGGAGCGGCGCGAGGCCUUCCAAAUGCUUGAAAUGUUUGCAGGCGACUACUCAGCCAAGAUCGGCUUUGACCUGCGCAACCCUGACGCCUUUGCUGACAGUCUUGAUGCGCGCGCCCUGGAAAACGUCAACAGCGGCCAUCUGGACCUUGAGGACGAAGUGCGCACAAACCAUCUCUUGGCGCGCUUCUACUUUAAGCGUGCCGAAUGGCUGAGCAGCAUCCAAGCAAGCGCCACUCUGGCCCAGGAGGCACGCAGCAAGGCUGGUCUGAACGGUCCUGGCGUGGUUGCUGGUGGAGGAGACAUUGGUAAUACCGCCAACUCUUCUGGGCCGAAUUUGCAGCAGCAGCUCCUGUUGCAGCAGCGCAGAGGGUCUCGCCAUGGAUCGGCCAACAUGGGACGCAGCCGUGUCUCUAUAUCUUUUUCGGCUACUGGAGCGCCUGUGCUUGAUAGUGCAUUCGGCCGCGGCGCAGACGUCUAUGAGGAUGAGAACGCGGAGGCCCAGGCAGCCAAAGAUGCCGAGUUCCUUUACCGCCUCAAGGAUGACCGUAUCAACGAUUCAAUCAUUGAGUCGUACCGGGCAGCGACUGUGCUUGACAGCAAGUGGUACAAGGCAUGGCAUCUGCUAGCUCUGCGGCAUUUCCACGAGACGCAGCAGUACAAUAUGAAAAACGGCACUGUUCCAAAGGAUGUUGUUGCCCAACAUGUUGUUCCUGCAGUCCACGGUUUCUUCCGUGCCAUUCAAUUAUCAAAGAGUAAUACAACACUGCAAGACACACUGCGGCUGCUGACAGCAUGGUUUAACUACUCCCAACAUGAGAGUGUUGCGCAGGCCGUACAGGAUGGCUUUAAUACAGUAUCACUGCGUACAUGGCUGCAGGUCAUUCCGCAGAUCCUGGCACGCAUCCACAACCAGUUUGAGAGCACCAGCAAGCUUAUCAAGCAGCUGCUGGUCGAGGUCGGCAAGUUCCAUCCAAAUGCGGUUAUGUUUCCAUUGUAUGUCGCAGCUCGCAGUGAGCACCCUGAGCGCAGCCAGGCGGCCAAGGAUGUGCUGGCCAAGCUUCACGAUCUGGUACCGGAGCUGGUUAUAGAGACCGAGAUUCACUGCCUCAAGGACAAGAUACUGACACUCAAACAUACGGCACCAACUUUGUUGCAAUGCCGCGACAUGCAUUUGGCUGUGCCUGGUACCUAUGAUCCAGACCGCGAACUUGUGCGCAUUGAUUCGUUUGAUCCCAAGUUUGGAAUAUACAAUACUCAGCAGCGCCCGCGCGAAAUUUAUAUACGCGGAUCCGAUGGAAACGAGUACAAAUUUGUUCUCAAAGGCCGAGAGGACCUGCGCCAAGACGAGCGUGUCAUGCAGCUAUUUGGCCUAAUCAACUCACUGCUGGUCCUUGAUAUUGAGACAGCAAAGAGGUCGCUGGCAAUCGAGCGAUUCCCGGUUAUUCCGCUGUCGUCAAACUCUGGUCUUAUUGGCUUCUACAACAACUGCAAAAGCUUUACUGAAAUUGUUAGAAGCUACCGCGAGCGUCAAAACAUUAAUUUCAGCGAGGAACAUCACAUACUGGCGCAUGGGUUUUCGAAUUACGAAUCUCUCACUGCUCUGCAGCUAAUUGAAGCCUUUGAGCACGUUCAGUCGAGUACACCAGGAAAUGAUUUGCAGCGCGCCAUGUGGUUUGAAUCACCCAAUGCAGAGACAUGGUUGGAGAGGCGUACUAACUAUACUCGCUCACUGGCGGUGAUGUCUAUUGCCGGCUACAUCCUGGGCCUGGGAGAUCGGCACCCGGCCAACAUGCUGUACCAUUUUUCUACUGGCAAGGUUGUGCACAUUGAUCUUGGUGAUUGCUUUGAGAUAGCUGCCCAUCGCGAGAAGUAUCCCGAGAUGGUGCCAUUCCGGCUUACACGCAUGUUUAUCAUGCCCAUGGAAGUGAGCACGAUCGAGGGCCUGUUUAAAUUUACUGCCAAUCACACCAUGCGGGUCCUGCGCGCAAACCACAACCCACUAAUGGCUGUUCUCGAGGCGUUUGUGUUUGACCCACUGGUCUCGUGGUCGUACCUCCAGAAUAACAAUAACUUGGCGCAAACACAAGCUAAUACCGGCCGAGCACCUACCAUGAAGCAAAACGCCCAGUUCCAACGCGGUCCAAAGGGUGCUCAUGCCAGGACUGUGCACGAUAAUACCAACAUAAUUGUUGGAAGCUCUCCUGAUAACCAAUUUUCUAGAAGCCUGAAACUCGGAAAAGACGGCAUCGACGACAAGGGCUGGCAGACCGAAAACCCCAGAGCACUUGCAAUUGUUAAGCGCAUCCACAACAAGCUUGUCGGAACUGACUUUAACCCAAACAAGCAGCUCAAUGUGGCCGAGCAGAUUGAGAUGCUUAUUAGUGAAGCAAUGCUGCCGGAUAAUUUGGCCAGAAUGUACCAAGGGUGGAUGCCUUUAUGGUAA